UGGGGCUCCUGCUGGUGGGCCUGGGCGUCCUGCCUUCUCCGAGCUCUGCCGUCUGCGGUGAGCCCCCGACGUACCCCAACAUGGAGCUGGUCGGCCCGGCCAAGUCCGUGUAUGAUGUCGGGGACCGGAUAGACUAUCAGUGCAAACCAGGGUUCGCCCGCAGGCCUUCCGAAUCCACCUUCACUCUUUGUGGUGCGAAUGAUAAUUGGCUGCCUCUGUCAAACGAUGCGUGUUAUAAAAAAUCAUGUCCAACCCCCACUGACCCACUCAACGGACAAGUGAACCUCCUGAAUGGAAGCUAUGAGUUUGGGACACAAAUUGAAUUUGUUUGCAAUAAUGGUUUUUACUUAAUCGGAGAUAAAAUUCUGCACUGUCUGCUUAGUGGAUCCAAUGUGCAUUGGAGCAACGAAGCCCCAUUGUGUGAGAAGAUUUUGUGUGAACCUCCUCCGAAGAUAACAAAUGGAGACUACAGUCCCAGUGAGGACGUGUUUCAGCACCUGCAAGUUGUGACGUACACCUGUAAAAGAAUUUCUGGACCCGAUCAAUUUUCACUCAUUGGAAAGGCCACACUUCAUUGUGUCGGUGGAGACGUAUGGAGUGAUGUCCCUCCUGAGUGUAAGAUGGUCAAGUGCCCAUUUCCUGCACUGCCCCACGGACGCCAGACGUCAGGAUUUGGGGUGAAGCAUUACUACAAAGCCACAGUCAUGUUUGAGUGCGAUCAGGGCUUCUUCCUUCACGGAAGUGACACAGUCAUCUGUGAGGCUGACAGUACGUGGCAGCCCCCGGUCCCAAAAUGUCUCAGGAAUCCUCUCACCACAAACACUGCUAUAUCCAGCAGCCCAGAAUCCAGCAGCACAGAAUCCAGCGGCCCAGAAUCCACUGGCUCACAAUCCAAUGGCCCAGAAUCCAGUGGCUCACAAUCCGGUGAAGGACGACUUGACUGUGAGCAUCUAGGCGGAUGGGUCGUUGGUCUCCUUGUUACCAUCUUUUUGCAGGAACACGUGAUGAUUGUCCGGAUGCAUUACAUCAAGCUCAAGGGAUCAGUGCUGAUGGUCCCUACACACAGCCGCAAGGAGACUCUGCCUGUCACUGUUGAUUUAUUACAAGAAAAACAAAGAACAACAAAUAAUACUUUCAUAAAGAAAUGGAUGCUGACAUCAGACAACUUGAAUGUGGGUGGGAACCCAGGGACUUUUCCUGCCUCUUCCCAAACAGCAGCGGGUGAGGGCGUCUCUGGGGAGGGGCAGCCGCAGGGCCCAGUUGUCUCCCGUGGUCCGCGGCCCUUUCUGCCUCGUGACUUCAGCUUUCCCAGGGACAGCAGACAGCCCCUCUCAGCCUCACCUGGGGCCCAUGCUCCCGGGAUGUGGGAGCCUGACACAGCCAACCAGAGCGCUUCAGAGGCGUCUCCACCCACCCGGCACCUGCGACCUAGGACUCCCAGAAGGAAGGGCGCAAAGUCCCGGGAUGGACCCCUGAGGGACGGGCCCGGGGCCAGCGCGGGGUGCCGCCCACGCCCAGGCCUCAGCCCUCAGCCCCUGCAGGGCCUGGGUGGAGCGGCCCCCAGACGCCACCUUCACACCUCCAGGACGCCCCCCUGUUCCCGCUGCUCCCCUCCCGGGAGGCUGGGGAGGAGUCCCCCUGAGCACCCGCACAGCAAGGAGCUCCUGGGGCUCCUGCUGGUGGGCCUGGGCGUCCUGCCUUCUCCGAGCUCUGCCGUCUGCGGUGAGCCCCCGACGUACCCCAACAUGGAGCUGGUCGGCCCGGCCCAGUCUGUCUACCUCCAUCUGGAACGUAUCAGCUACCAGUGCAGGCCCGGGUACCUCCGUCGCCAGGAGAUCCUCACCCUUGCGAUUUGCGGCCCCACUGGGAGGUGGUCACCUGUGUCCACUGACGCUUGUUUCAAAAAGUCGUGUCAGGUCCAAAUGGAUCCUGUGAACGGCCAAGUCAGACUCCUCAACAAAAGUUAUGAAUUCGGGUCGCAAAUCCAGUUCGUGUGUAAUGAAGGCCUCCGCUUGAGCGGACCCGAGAUUCUGCACUGCCUGCUGAACGGCUCGCAGGUGCACUGGAGCGGCGAGGCCCCGGUGUGCCCGAAAGUGCUGUGCAGGGCGCGCACUCAGGGCAGCAGACCUCGUUCUCCUACGGGGAGGCCGUGA